AUGCCCCGCGAACUGCCGCGCGUCGAUCUCGAGCAUCCCAGUGACUUGGAUUUUAUCGUGCAGGCAGUGCACAGCUACGCACGCGAUGUUGGUGCGGAGCGACUGCGUACGCGUGGACGUGCUGCGGCGGCGCUCCAAGACACGCUAGACCAAGCGCUGGCCCGCUGGGUCUAUGCGGCGCGGACGCGCCUGAUACCCAAUGUCCUCGUGAAUGGACUCACGCUCGCAGAGUAUGCGAAGCAGGAGACGGCGAUGGAGCCAUUUGACGAGGCGCUGUCACAGCGUGUGCAGACACUAUCAGAUACCAUGGACGAGCAGACAGAGCGCGUCGUCGACUACCGCAAGUCGGUGCCGACCGCCUACGCCCACGCGGUAGCGCGACGUGCCGCGGCACGACGUGCGCUGGCCGAUGCCAAGGAGGACCAGCGGCAGCGGCGCCUGCGCACGUCCAAACGCCACGCGGCGGCGCCGUAUCCUGCGAUCGCCCGCGGCCAGCCGCUGCACCUGGACGCGGAUGCCAAGGCCCGUACCCAGGCGACGCUCACGAACGUGUACGCCACCUUGCGACGACUCCACACAUCCUUACCGGCGCGGCAAGAGUCGGCCUUGGAACAGGAGCGCCUGGUGCGCCAUUUACGGCGCCACGACGACGCCACCCGACCUGUCUGA